AUAUCCGAUAGGAGCGUUGGUGUUCUUUGGUUGUUGAUCUAAGGCGAUCAGAAGUAUUCUGAGAACCUCAGAUCGACAAUCAUCGACCGUGUCAUUUCCGGUCGUCUACGAUCGGGGGUGUCACAACCACUGUUUGUCUUCAUCGGAGAUUGCCUAUAAAUUGAUUUGGGGAAGAUGAAAUUGAACUGAAAAUUAGGUUUUUGAAUAAGGAAGAUGAAAUCAAUUUGAAAUUUUGCUUAAACAAAAUGAUUUUGUAAAAUAACAUCAUAUUGGAUAUAACACUCGUCGUUCGAAUUUAGCAGUUGACUAUUUUUUAAAUGGUUGAGUCAACAAAAAAAAACACCAAUAUUUAAAAGUUGAAAAAUAUUUUUGCUCUAAAUAUAAUUGGAUUUUUUUUUAUCCUUCGUUUGAAAGUUCAGAGUUUUAAUAACUGUUUUCUCUAACUUAGGUUGUUUAUAGUUUCUUUAUAGGUGUGGAGGGGGUUUAUGCAAAAAAGAGGGUUUAUGCCAAAAAGAUAACAAUUGCACAACAUUCCUUAAAAGCCCACUUAAUUAACACUUUAAAUGAGUUUGGGCCGGAAAGAUACCCCAGGACAUUCCUUAAAGGCCCAUUUUGUGAUACAGUGACUUAUGUGAACGGAAGGAAAAAACCCACUUUCUAAACAAUUGUUUGUGUAGGAAGUCACUUUGACUAAGAAGCUGACCCCAGGACCAGGAGUGAAGGACCGAACCGGUUGACCGGAAUCGAACAAUUUAAUCCACGAGGGGGACACUUUAAUGUACUCUCACGACGACCAGACAUUUUAAAAGAGUUCCGGCAAAGAAGUAAAAAGCAAAGAAUAAAAUUAACAAAAUAGUAAAAAUCCGAGACGGUGGGUCCCACUUUUUGUAGGUACCGCGGCCGUCUCCUGCCGGUUUAAUUCAUUUUCUAUGGAAUCUAAUCGAAUUCUCCUAAAGAAGUAGUGUAAAAAUGAUGGAGCAGGGAGCUUUGUUGCGUUCUGCGUCUUCUUCUUCAAACACCUACUACCUCUCUUACCAAUCACGCCAAACGAGGAAGGAUCUUUCGUCUUUCAGGCCGGAAAAUAAGUUAAACCCUGGUCAAAUCCGGUUUAGCUCUCCGUGGUUUAAGCCGGUUGGUUCCGUGGCGGCGAAAUGCAAUACGUACACCUACGCGGCGAGUGGAGGCGGCGACGCGGAGGCUGAGCAUCCAGUGGACGACAAAGAGUUUGUGCGCUGGUUCCGUGAAGCUUGGCCUUAUCUGUGGGCCCACGGUGGCUGCACUUUCGUCGUUGUCAUCUCCGGCGAUAUACUCGCCGGCCCUUACUGUGAUCCCAUUUUAAAGGACAUAGCGUUUCUUCAUCAUCUUGGGAUAAGAUUCGUUCUAGUUCCAGGAACACAAGUGCAAAUCGACCAGCUCCUGUCUGAAAGAGGACGCGAGGCUACAUAUGUGGGACGUUAUAGAGUAACCGACGCAGCAUUUGCUGCCACGGAAGCUGCGGGAGCUAUCUCAGUGAUGCUUGAGGCUAAACUAUCUCCUGGACCUUCCAUUUGCAAUAUCCGUAGGCAUGGUGAUAGUAGUCGUUUGCAUGAUAUUGGUGUCAGGGUUGAUACCGGCAACUUCUUCGCAGCAAAAAGGAGAGGCGUUGUUGAUGGUGUUGAUUUUGGAGCGACUGGUGAAGUGAAGAAGAUAGAUGUAGACCGGAUUUGUGAGAGGCUUGACGGUGGUUCUGUAGUCUUGUUGAGGAACUUGGGUCACUCUAGCUCCGGAGAAGUCUUAAACUGCAAUACCUAUGAAGUAGCUACAGCUUGUGCAUUAGCUAUAGGAGCAGAUAAGCUUAUUUGCAUAAUGGACGGUCCAAUUCUUGACGAGAGCGGACAUCUGAUUCGUUUCUUGACACUCCAAGAAGCAGAUAUGUUGGUGAGGAAACGGGCGCAACAAAGCGACAUUGCUGCUAACUAUGUAAAGGCUGUUGGUGAUGGAAGCAUGGCUUAUCAAGAACCUCCUGGUAACGGGAGAGCAGCGUUUUGGGGAAACGGGAACCACACUCCCAUCUUUCAGAACGGUGUUGGGUUUGACAUUGGGAGUGGGUUAGGGUCUGGUGAGCAAGGUUUUGCUAUCGGUGGUGAGGAGAGACUAAGCCGCCAAAACGGUUAUCUUUCCGAACUGGCUGCUGCUGCUUUUGUCUGCAGGGGUGGAGUCAAAAGAGUUCACUUGUUAGAUGGUACUAUAACUGGAGUUCUAUUGUUGGAACUUUUCAAAAGAGAUGGAAUGGGGACUAUGGUUGCUAGUGAUGUAUACGAAGGAACACGAGAUGCCAAAGUGGAUGAUCUUGCAGGAAUCAGACGUAUCAUCAAACCUUUGGAGGAAGGUGGGAUCUUGGUCCGCAGAACCGAUGAGGAGCUACUCCAAGCUUUGGACUCAUUCGUGGUUGUCGAAAGGGAAGGUCAAAUCAUCGCUUGUGCGGCUCUGUUCCCAUUCUUCCAAGACAAAUGCGGAGAAGUUGCAGCCAUCGCGGUUGCAUCAGACUGCCGCGGUCAAGGCCAAGGCGAUAAACUACUAGAUUACAUAGAGAAGAAAGCAUCCUCUCUCGGGUUAGACACGCUGUUUCUCCUCACAACGCGAACAGCAGACUGGUUCGUGAGACGCGGGUUCCAAGAAUGCGCAAUCGAGGUCAUACCAGAGACCAGAAGGCAAAGAAUCAACCUCUCUAGAAAAUCAAAGUACUACAUGAAGAGGCUACUACCUGAUAAGAGUGGCAUCUCAAUAUAACAAGAGAGGAGCAUCAUUCAUUAUUGUAAAUUAUUUUUUAAAAAAUAAACAAACUUUUAUU